AUGGACCUAAAGAUGGACAAGGGCAAAAUUGCAGCCCAGUGCGGCCACGCGACGCUAGCUGCCUACAAACUGGCCAAGCGCAUCACGCCUCACUAUGUACAGACUUGGCAGAAGCUUGGCCAAACCAAGAUUGCCGUCAAGAUUCCCGACGAGCAGCAGCUCAUGGCGCUGGCCGACGCGGCCAAGGCGCUCGGCGUGUCCGCCCGUGUGAUCCAGGAUGCCGGCCGUACCCAGGUGGACCCCGGCAGCCGCACCGUCAUCGGUCUCGGCCCUGCACCGAUCUCGGUGAUGGACCAGCUCACCCGGCAAUUCAAACUGCUGUAA